GAUUUCGUUAGUAAUCAAGAUGUUAGUAAUAACUGAAAUUUUUAUUGAGAUUUGAGAAUUACUAGUUCAAGAAGAAAAAUAAAUAUCUACUCUUAUUAGCCGAAGCAGCCUAGGCCUUAACGGUUGUGGUUUCCCUAGUGUUAUAAUAAUUUCAAGCUCUUUUUCACUAAUUUUUUUAAAUAAAAUUUUGUAUUCUUCCUGUAUAUAUGUUACUUGAAGGUCGAACUUGGAAUUGGUUAUCAAGCCAACUAACUAUCCCAUCAACUCAAUUGAGAUUAUUGUCUCGGAUCGGUUUUAUUCUUCUGUAUAUAUGUGUUACCUGAAAUAAGAACUUCAAUCCUGAGUAAGUCAUGGAUUUGCAAAAAUGGAUUGCUUUCCAUAUCUUCUUGAGUUUGCAGCAUCUAAUUUCCAUCACCAUAGCGGAUAUAGAUCCUAAUACUGAACUCCAUGAAUGUGGAGCCAGAGGGAGGUACACUCAGAGCAGCACAUACAGCAAGAACCUUAACAUACUCUUGUCUUCUCUGUCAAAAAAUGUAAAUGAAUAUGGAUUCUAUACCGGUUCCGUUGGGAAAGACAUUGAGAGGGCUAGCGCUAUUGUACUAUGCAGAGGGGAUGCUGAACUGAAUGAAUGUCGUAGCUGUGUUAGUGAUAAUGCUGAGAAGAUUUUACAGUCGUGUCCCUAUCAGAAGGAGGCAUUCCAAUGGUACAACAUCUGCAGUAUAUAUUACUCCGAUAAAUCCAUCAUAGGUUCCUUGAACAGCGGUCCUAUUAUCGAACAAUAUAGUAGUAGCAUCAUUCUCCAACAAUCUGAUCAGUUCAGUCAAGAUUUGACAACCCUGGUAGACUCCCUAACAACACAAGCCGCUGACGGCGGUCCGUUCCUCAAGUAUGCAGCUGAUAAUAUGAGUGGACCAGACCAGCAGACCAUAUAUGCAUAUGUGCAGUGCACCCCUGGUUUAUCUGUUCAAGAUUGCACUGAUUGCUUAAACACUGCUUUCACUCUAUGGAAAAUGCCGGAAGGUAUUAACAACAGGACAGGGGCAAGUAUACUGUGUCCCAGCUGCUUUUUUCGCUAUGAGAAUACCAGUUUCAUUGGUGCAAUGUCAGUUAAAGAACCUCCCUCGCCACCUAUAUCACUUCGAACAGUCAUCAUUAUUAUCGGAGUUUCAACUGCGGCGGCCACGGGUCUUAUCAUUAUUACUAUUUUCAGUAAUUUCCAUUUCCUAAUGCAGAAAAGGCAGGCCAAAGCCAAAAGCUACGCCGAGAGCGAAGCUGUGGAAGAAUCUGGUCCGAGUGUUGAAAUGAGUCCUGUUGAGUCUCAUCUACAAUAUGAAUUGAUUGUCAUCCAAAAUGCAACAAAUAAUUUCUCUAAAGCGAACAAGGUAGGAGAAGGACGCUUUGGACCUGUAUACAAGGGUAAACUUGAAGACGGACAAUUAGUUGCUGUGAAGAGGCUAUCUGAUAAUUCAAGACAAGGUUAUCUAGAAUUUAAAAACGAGGUGGCUUUAAUGACGAGGCUUCAACACAGGAAUUUGGUGAGGCUGCUUGGUUAUUGCCACGAAGAAACAAAAAUUAUUCUUGUCUAUGAAUUCGUUCCCAAUGGCAAUCUUGACAGCAUUUUAUUUGGUAGUAAUCCUCAAGCACGUCUUUCACUUUGGUUUGAACAUGGACCUUUGAAUUGGGAGAAACGCUACAAAAUCAUACUAGGCAUUGCAAGAGGGCUUGUUUAUCUGCAUGAAGACUCUCGUCUUCCCAUUAUCCAUCGCAAUCUCCAUGCUAAUAACAUUUUGCUAGAUGCAUAUUUGAACCCAAAAAUUGCAGACUUUGGUAUUGCCAGAUUGUUUGCUUUACACAAAACCCAUUGCUCCACAACUAGUAUCAUGGGAACCAAUGGAUAUAUGGCACCGGAGUAUGCAUUAUAUGGACAACUUUCUGUUAAAUCAGAUGUAUAUAGUUUUGGAGUGUUAGUUUUGGAAAUCAUAAGCAGGCAAAAGAUUGCCAGUUUUCAAAAUGGAAAAUCUAUGAAAAACCUUCUAAGCUAUGCUUGGACACAUUGGAUAGGUGGGUCUGCUUUAAAUGUGAUAGAUCCAAUGUUGAGGGGUACAUCAAGUCCGGUGCAUGAGAUAACAAAUUGCAUUCAUAUUGCCUUAUUGUGUGUUCAAGAAAAUGAUGCAGAUAGACCCAAAAUGGUUGAAGCUCUUCAAAUGCUUAGUAACUUAUCUAUGAGCCUUCCAGUACCCCAAGCCCCUGGAAUUUUUUUUAAUGGCAGCAUUAGUUCGCAAGUUUCGAGCCAGUUUACAAAAUAUCAGAUGCCAAUUAGUGAUCAAUAUUACAGAAAAAUGCACAAGAGGAAGACUAAAAGCUAUGUGGAGAAUAGUGAUGUGGAGUCUCUUAAAUAUGAUUUCAGUACCAUUCAAAAUGCAACGGAUAACUUCUCAGAGGCAAACAAAGUUGGAAUAGGAAUUUUGGGUCCCGUAUACAAGGGUAAAUUUGAGAACGGCGAGGAAGUUACUGUAAAAAGGUUUCUUGAUAAUUCAUGGCAAGGCAUGCAAGAAUUUAAAAAUGAGGUGGCUUUAUUGGCCAAACUUCAACAUAAUAAUUUUGUGAGGCUGCUUGGUUUCUGUCAAGAAGGAAAGGAAAUGCUUCUUGUAUAUGAAUUUGUUUCUAAUGGUGGUCUUGAUCAAUUUUUAUUUGAUCCUAUAAAAUGUGGAUAUUUGAAUUGGGGCAGGCGUUACAAAAUUAUAACAAGCAUUGCUAGAGGGCUUGUUUAUUUGCAUGAAGACUCUUGCCUUCGCAUUAUUCAUCGAGAUCUCAAAGCUAGCAACAUUUUAUUAGAUGUAAAUUUAAACCCAAAAAUUUCAAACUUUAGCAUGGCUUGGUUGUUUGAUUUAGAUGAAACCGACGGCUCUACCGAUCGAAUUGCUGGAACCUAUGGAUAUAUGGCACCCGAAUAUGCAUGGCAUGGUCAAUUUUCUGCUAAAUCAGACGUAUAUAGUUUUGGAGUGUUAGUCCUGGAAAUUAUUAGUGGACAAAGACGUAUCAAUUUUCAAAAUGGAGAAUCAAUAAAAUACCUUCCAAGCUACGCUUGGACACAUUGGAAAAAUGGGUCUUCUUCGAAUGUAAUAGAUCCAAUGUUGAGAGGUAUAUCAAGUCCUGUGCCGGAUAUAAUGAAAUGCAUCCACAUCGCAUUGUUGUGUGUUCAAGAAAAAGUUGAAGAUAGACCAACAAUGGAUAGAGUUCUUCAAAUGCUAAGUAACUUAUCUCUAAACUGUCCAGUACCCUCCGCCCCUGGAUUUUUUAAUGAUAGCAGCCUCAGGUCAAGAUUCAAUAUAAUCAAUGAAAUGUAAAUUGGUGAUGCAUUCGCCUUGGAAUUCACAAGUAUGCUUGAAGAGCACAUUUUUCCGAAAGGAAGAAUACGCAUACAUGUAAUAGAUCAGAUUUCAUGCUGAGGAGUAGACAAGUCCAGUGGAGGAAAUAAUAAAAUACAUAAACAUGGUUUUGCAGUGUAAAUAAUGUUAUAGGCAGAUCAACAGUGUCUGCAGUUGUUUUCAAAAAAAAAAACAGUGUCUGCAGUUCUCGUGCUUUGUAGUCCUCUCGGUCUUCUGCAUGGUACCAUCUAAUAUAGUAUAGUAGUAGCAACAAAUAAUGUUUGAUUUACCCAUCAUCAUAUAUAGUAGUAGCAUCACUUUAUUUAUGAUUUA